AUGGCACAUCCCACACAAUCAGGAUUUCAAGAUGCAGCUUCACCCCUAAUGGAGGAACUUCUACACUUCCACGACCACACCCUAAUAGUCAUUCUUAUAAUUAGCACACUAGUUUUAUACACUAUCAUCACCAUAACUUUAGCUAAACUGACAGACAUGCUUGUUCUAGACUCCCAAGAAAUCGAAGUUAUCUGAACAAUCCUCCCUGCCAUCGUCCUUACUUUUAUUGCACUCCCUUCACUACGAAUCCUCUACUUAAUAGACGAAGUCAGUGACCCUCACUUAACAAUUAAAGCAACUGGACACCAGUGAUACUGAAGCUACGAAUACUCGGACUACGAAAACCUAGAAUUUGACGCGUACAUAAUUCCAACACAAGACCUAACUCCCGGCCAAUUUCGACUCCUUGAAGCCGACCACCGAAUAGUCAUCCCCGUCGAGUCUCCCAUUCGAGCCCUCGUCUCCGCUGAAGAUGUCCUACACUCCUGAGCCCAUCCCCGCCCUGGAAUCAAAGUUGACGCAAUCCCCGGACGACUAAACCAAACAACUUUUAUGGCUAGCCAUCCAGGAGUUUUCUUCGGUCAAUGCUCUGAAAUCUGCGGAGCAAACCAUAGCUUCAUACCAAUUGCCAUUGAAGCUGUCCCCCUCCCACACUUUGAAAACUGAACCUCUCUAAUGAUUGAAGACGCCU